GAAGUCACUGAAUUUGCAGAAGCUAAUUUUGACCGUUUCACUCAAAAUCUUCAGCACUGAGGACCAUUGGUUGAGGAGCACCACCUAAUGUUUGAUUACAGUGUAACAGAGCCUGUGAGGGAGAGAGAUGCUGGAACUGAACUAUUCGAUGACAACUAUUAUCGAGAGACUGAAGCAGAUGAGGCAGUAAAUGAAGAUGACGAUGUAGAAGACCAAGAGAAUGGAACUUUUGAAAACUUGGAACUGGAUUCAGAAGGAGAACCUGAUGAAGUACAGCAAGGAAUUGAAGCUGAGAUGAUAGAACUGAAUCAGUUAGAGGCAGAGGAGAGCAAAGGAGUUGAAUUUGCUGCUCAGAUUGAUGCUGAACAUCAAAGCAAGGUGGACCUUAAAGACCAGCCAAGCAUAACCACACAGGCUACUGACAUUCAACAUGAUAUAUCCAAAACUGGGGACCUUGAGGGUAAUGACUUGAACAAAAUGGCUGAAACUGUGUUCCCUAAAGAGGAAGUGAUGUUUGAUAACCGCAAAAUUGAAGAUUCCACGGACAACUCUCAAAGUUCUGAAGUAGUAGAUUCUGUAAUUAAUGGGCCAGAAGACCAAUUUCUCACGAAGAAUGUGAUGGGUUUUUCUUUACUUAUGUUGUGUCUAUUAGCAGCAGCUUCAGCUUUCAUCUACUCAAGGAAAGGAAAGCCCUCCAUGCCAGCGUCAGUGCCUGUGGAACAACCAGUACUGGGGAAGAAAUCUGAAUACAGUCCAGUGAAUGUUGGCUCAAAGGAUACAAUCCGUGAAAGGCUAUCCUCCAGGAAUUGGCAGACAGAAGUAGAUACGGCUAAUGAGUCAUGCCCAUCAGAAAUGAGUAGCUUCCAGAGGACCUCAUCAUCAUCCUAUAGCAAGAAAGGAAUCAAGGAGUCAAAUGAAUAUCAGAGCCAAGAAAGGAAGACUAGGAUGACUUACAGGAGAGAAUCUCUUGCUUCAUCAGAUUACUCUACCGGUUCGACUUCCUAUGGUAGUUUUACCACGUACGAGAAGAUACCUAGCAAGCAUGGAGAAGAAGAUGAGGAGAUAAUUACCCCAGUUGGGCGAUCAAGCAGAAUCAGAAAUCAAGUCACUUCUCCAUGAUGAUUGAUAAAUUGCAUCUUAUGUUUUUUACUACAAUUGUCCUGCUUUGCAAUUCCAAUAUAAAUGAACCACUGUUAUUGGAUGCUGACAUAGAGUAGAGCUUUAUUGUAAUUCGAGCACGUUAUUGGAUGGUCUUCACUGAUCAAUUGUGAUUCUUGCCAAUCUAAAUUUAAAUUUCUUCUUUCUUAAAUGCGGUGCAUUGGUGCUUCGUUGGAGAUUGGUCUAUAAUCUUCUACGGAAUUUUUUUUCCUGGUGCAUUGACGUUCACUGGAUAUAUUGAAACACAAUAUAACCAAAGUUUCCUUGGUUUUUUUUUCAUUGCCAUCUGUAAUUGAAAUGUAUCAGUUUUCGUUGGAAUGUGUUGAAAAUAGUUGUGAUUGGUUGCUCUUUAUUUUCAAAAUAGUUCUGUUUACUAGUCUCUUAAGUAGUUAACCAUCUGUUAAUAUGGUGCAUCUGCGUCACACUACUUUAAGACGAUGCAUGAGUGGUCAACCUGUUGAGUCCUGGGAAGCACACAAGUGUUCCACUCCUGGCCUUUGUAUCUUAAACUUGGAGCUUGGCAAUGGACAAUCUCACCUGGACUGCAUGGCGAUUUUAUUUAAGGUAGCUGAUACUAAGAACAUGAUCAUCUAUUCUAUAGCGGUAUACUUUCCUAUUUUUCA